UAUUCAAGAUCUAGGUAUGGGUUUUACACCAGUUUUCUGUUGCUAUUUAAUAUUGUUAAUAUUCUAAACUAUUCAAGCAUUUGUUUACUUGUCAAAAAUUUUAGUUUUUAGUUUGGGAUCAAUUGAACCCCCUUUUGUCGAAGCUUUUACCAUGUCCUCGUGGUCUGCAAUUAGAGGAUUCGUGUGAGGACUUUCACUGUGUGACGUGUCCUCGGAUCCAAAAUUCGAAAAAUGAACUUUAAUAGCAUUUACUGUGGAAAUGCAGAAUCAAAUUAUCCACCAAGACUGGGCAUUUGUAAGCGGAAAACAUGGCGACAGCGACAGCAAGCUCGACACGAGACCCAGGAUCGCCGUCAAUGGCGGGAGCAGAAUCAAGCGGUGAUCGAGCGGUUGUCCCAGAUGGUCGGUGCUUGGCCCCAGGAUGUCGGUGACUUCCUCUACGACCUCACCCUGAAGAAAUAUUCGCAUUUGCUAAACCCCCGGGAUCGUGGAUGGAGCUUCUGCAAGGUGCCACUCUGCUAUCCGAAUGUCUGUGACCGCUACAUGGGUAUAUUCGAUCGGUCUGGCAACUUGAGGGAUCCCACGCAUCCGAAGUGUCUCCAUCAUCUGCUCCAGUUGCUGCUGGAUCAUCUCAAUGGCGGUUGCUAUAACAGCUGCCUGGGGUUGCCCCUGCACGCGGAGUAUUCUGGCGGUUGUCCACCCAGUCUUCGCAGAUACAGAAAUGUUGUUAAAAUCCACGAUUCAGAAGUAGAGGGCAUCGAUGAGCACGCUAGGGAAUCCUUAACCUGGGAUCCGGGAAGUCCGUUGCCCAGGAAAUUUAAUAUCAAAAGUAAAGCCGCCACAAUACCACCACCAAUAGAAUCACAAAAUGAUUUACCAACCAGCAGCCCAAGGAUGUCAAUAGAAGGACCCUAUAAGCGUGACGAUCCCGAUAAAGCUAAAAAGCAAAUCCCGAGGAAGGAUCUUGGCCGAUAUUCGGUCUUUCUCAAUGAUGAACUCGCCUUGGCCCACAAUAGAUCGUACUUCUAUAUGGAGAAUAUGGUAAAUGAGGCGCUAGAGCGACGACGCAAUAAGAACAGUUAUGUUGGACCCAUAGGGAAUCUAAGGACCGAACGACUGCGCGUUCUUAUUAAAACUUUAAUUGAGAAAAAGGGACGCCGAGUAGAUCCCCAAGAGUUGAACAGGAUCAUCGACAAAGUUGAUCUCAGCCAUCACGUUGAAAAGAAACGUCUGAAGCAAAUAGCCAUUGAGAUCUCGACGCUUUACAGCUCCGUUGUGCAGUCGAAUUCGAAUUUUAACAAGUCGAAACUCCCAGCGUCUCAGAGACGCCCCAAAAAAGUACUAGGGACUCUAAAUAUUGCGAUCCAUGAGCCCCUCGUAAAUCGUAAUAAUAGUAAAGUCUCUAGCAAGCGCAAUACCUGGCUGAAACCUCAGGAUCAUCGUAAAUCUUUAGUAACCCAUCGAACUACUUGGAAAGGCAGCCAUAACAAGGAUAUGGAAAGGCUCUCAACGAAACACAGGAAAUCGUUAUAGUUUAUUUUUGAAAUUAAAAUUGAUCGAAAAUUAUCUUAAACA